GUUUCUAAACCACCACAAAUGAAGGACGUGUUCAUGAAUACCCCCCACACACAAACAGACCCCUCUGCUCCACCCCUGUUCUGUAACGUAGAGCUCAGCUGCUCCACUACGGUAUUUCCCACAAUAAAAUCACAGUUCCGCGCGCUGUCUCUGUCAUUUUGCCUCGGAGCCCCUCGGCUCCUCUCUCUCUCCCCUCUCUCCCCUCUCUGUCCUCAGGUAGCCCGGACCGGACUGAGCACCAACACCUUCUGGUAUCAGGUGUGAACCGGAGAGGACCAGAGCAGCACUAUCAGCAGAACUGAUCCGUCGAUGAUGAGCAGCAUCAGGGGAGGGCGAGUGAAAAUGCAAAGGACGCUGAUGCUGAUGGUUCUGGUGGGAGUCAUCGGUUUGAGUCACGCUGCCAUUCAGAGACCUGAUUAUGAUGACACGCCCAACCCGGAGUUCCUCAACCCGUCCUGGAUGGCCAGCAUCCCGGAUGACCAGCCGCUGUCUGAGGUCACCCUGCCCGGGACCCACAACACCAUGGCCCUGUACGGAGGGGUGUACGCUGAGUGCCAGACCUGGAGCCUGGCCUCCCAGCUCCGAGCAGGCGUCCGCUACCUGGACGUCCGCCUCCGUCACGUCAACGGGAAACUCAACCUCCAUCACGGGGUGUCUUACCAGCGGGGGCACUUUGGCCACGUGCUGCAGGGUGUGGCUGACUUCCUGUGGGAGUAUCCCAGCGAGACAGUGCUGAUGCGUGUGAAGGAGGAGUGCAGUGAGACGUACGACAUCUACGGCGCUGUGGUAGACUACAUCCACCGCUACGCUCACUGGGACUUGCUGUGGCACAGCCGGAUCUUGCCGACCGUGGGAGAGGCCCGGGGGAGACUCAUCGUCCUGCAGGACUUUCCUGGACCAGACCUGGGGGUGCGCUAUGGCUCCAUGGACAUAGCUGAUGACUGGAAGGUACCCACACUCCUGCAUGUGGAGGACAAAUGGCAGAGUGUGUAUCACCACCUGGAGGCUGCUCCUGCAGGAAACCUGGCCCAGAUCUAUCUUACGUACAGCAGUGGAGCUGGCGUGUUUGCGUACCCCCGCGCUGUGGCUCUGCGCGUCAACGCACAGCUGUUCGACUACCUGAGCGCCAAGACGGACCUGAAGCAGCGCCUUGGAAUCAUAUGCAUGGACUUCCCUGCUGCUCCUACUAUUCAAAUGAUCAUUGACUUCCAACUGAGAGAGGUCCAAAGACCGGUAUUUUACGCAGCUCAUCACAAACCAAGUUUCAAUUAUAGAAUUUCUUCAGGGAGAAAUAAGAUGCUCCAACAUUUCCCGUAACUACUAGCAUGAGGCAACAUAUAUGACAUGUCUAUAGUCUGGUGUUACCUCACUACUGACUGUAACCAUCAUAAUCUAAAUUGUACCUCCAAUUAAAGGUAUUGUCAUUCACCAAAGAAACUGAAAACGAAAUAAAUGUCAUUGUUUAAAUAAAUCAGAAAUGGCAUGAAAUGAACAUGCAAAGUUUUGUGCAAAAAUAAACUACAGUGAAAACUGAUCAUGUGCGAUAUAAUUGCUGUUUUUACACAUUUUGUCGAUUAAAAUCAGCAGUCGGGUCAUUUGGUAUCAACAUUGCCGACAUAUUCCAUAUAAAAGACAAUA